AUGGCACCAUACCCAGCGCAGCCCAUCAAAGGCAGAGAGCGAUACCGUGUCAUGAUGGAUAUCCGCAAACUCGACGCCCGAAAUUGGCUCACACUCGACAAGAACUAUAUGGAUGAGCACCGGGUACGGACCCAAUUGCUUGAGGAAAGAAAGGGGCAAGUCAUACAAUGCCUACCGGAGUCACUUGAGGCUUGCCAGGAAACAUUAGAAGAGGUUUCAGACUUCCUUUGUGAAAGAUUUCCUACUGCGUUCAAAAUUUCAACCCAUGACAAUCAAAAAGUUAUUGAAAAUUGCAUGACUGGGGAUAAAUUUGCCGUCAGUGGUCGGGACCCCAACGAGGGAUUGACCGAGGCACUGGAGGCUGCUGUUCGUCUCACGAUGGAAGAUCUCAGUAUUCUGAUGCUGAACGAGGAAGGAGAACAUUACCUAGCGGCAAGUGCCAGUUUGUUCCCCGUGGGAUGGACUGUGGAUCAGAGAAUUGGAUGGACAAUCUCCCAACUGCAUGGACCGGUUCCUUUAUGGCACCAACAAGCUGCAAACUCCGUCAGCAAAUUCUUAGCUCGCCUAACACCUAAUGCCCCAAUGGAACGCUCGAACUACUUCAUAGAAGUCAAAGACCCCAAAGAGAGCCUUGUGGAGAUUCUCUAUCGACCCGGUUAUCUCUGUAACACAGAAUUGAAGAACCCUUUACCAUCAGAAAUUUUGAUCCGCCGUGAAAGGCAGACAUUCCGUCGUUUACCAAAGACAAGAUCCCUCGUGUUCGGUGUCAAGACCUAUCUCACGCCUCUCGAUGAACUCCCCAUGAGGGAGCUGGAAAACUUGGCCAAGGAAAUGAAGAGUUGGCCGACCAAUGUUGGCAAGUAUAAGGGAAGAGACGUGUGGGGAGCAAAAGUGUUAGAAUAUUAUCGGGAGCAAGGUGGAAACUUGGAUGAAAAGGAAGAUCAAAAAGUUGAGGUCUGA